CAUCACCAAAACCAGAACCAUCUUACUAAGAGUUAGAGUGUGUGUGUUUAAGGUUUAAACCCUAAAACCUCUGCGCCACUUCUCUCAGACAUGGCCGCUAAGAAAAGGAACUCUUCCAUCGACGACGAACCUGUCGUCGAAGUACCCGCAGCUGAAACCAACGAUUCUCCGAAGCCCCCAAAGAAGAAAACCAAGAAAGACAAAAGCAAUAACGACAGUGAUGAGCCACAAGAACAGGUGGCGGCAGCAUCUGAUGGCUCCGUCAAGCCAAUGGAGAGGAAGAAGAAGCGCAAAGCUCUCGACAAGGAGAGGCGCCGCACCGCCGCUGACACCGAGCCGAAGCUUCCGGAGCCGUCGACCUCCGCAGCACAGGCUCAGCCAGUGGACUCGCCCGGAACCAGCAGCGGCGGAGGCUCUCAGCUCCCGGAGUUUCACAUUGGCGUGUUCAAGGAUCUCGCGGUGGCGGCGGAGCCUGCGAGGGAAGCGGCCGCAAAACAGCUGGUGACCGAACUGAAGGCGGUUCAGAGUGCUUACGAUGCGCUUGAUGAGAAGGAGGUUGGCGACGGAGGGUUCAAGCUUGAAGCUGAAAAGGAUGAUGGAUUGGAUGAUUGUGCACCUUCUGUUAGAUACGCUGUUCGCAGGCUUAUUCGUGGUGUUUCUUCCUCUAGAGAGUGUGCACGACAAGGUUUUGCUUUAGGUUUAACACUUUUAGUUGGCGCUGUCCGCAAGAUUCGGGUUGAAUCAUUCCUUAAACUUGUAGUUGAUUUAUUGGAAGUAACUUCGUCAAUGAAGGGUCAGGAGGCAAAGGAUUGUCUCUUGGGUCGCUUAUUUGCCUAUGGUGCAUUGGCUAGAUCGGGAAGACUUACACAGGAAUGGACUAUAGAUAAAAACACAUCAUGCAUUAGAGAAUUUGUCAGUGUAAUAAUCUCCCUGGCGAAUAAAAAGCGGUACUUGCAAGAGCCUGCUGUUUCAAUAAUUUUAGACUUAACUGAAAAGUUGCCUGUUGAAGCGUUGUUGAAUCAUGUUGUUGAAGCUCCGGGGAUGAAGGAAUGGUUUGACGCUGCUAUGGAAGUAGGAAAUCCUGAUGCUUUGCUUCUUGCACUAAAACUACGAGAAAAGAUUUCCAUUGACAACUCUGCAUUUGUCAAACUGCUGCCAAAUCCAUUCAGCUCUAGCCUGCUCUUUUCCACUGAUCAGCUUUCCUCCCUGAGCAAUUGCUUGAAGGAGUCAACCUUUUGUCAGCCCCGUGUUCAUGGUGUUUGGCCUGUUUUAGUAACUAUUCUUUUGCCCAAUACUAUUAUGCAAGAAGAAGAUGUGGCAGCAGCUUCAAAUUCGUUAAAGAAGCAUAAAAAGAGUCGAAAAUCAAGCUCCUAUGAUGAAGAAACUGCAAAGAAUCUUCAGUCUUUCUGCGAAAUAAUUAUUGAAGGAUCCCUUCUCUUGUCAUCUCAUGACCGUAAGCAUUUAGCUUUUGAUGUUCUGUUUCUUCUACUCCAAAAGCUGUCUGCAUCUUUGGUUCCAAUCAUUCUAUCAAGCAAAGUUGUUCAGUGCCUUAUGGAUAUACUAUCAACGAAAAACACUUGGCUGUAUAAAGUUGCUCAGCAUUUUCUCAAACAAUUGUCCGAUUGGGUUGGAGAUGAUGAUGUCAGAAGAGUUGCUGUUAUAGUUGCUCUACAGAAACACAGCAAUGGAAAAUUUGAUAAUAUCACACGAACAAAAGCUGUAAAGGAUUUCAUGUCACACUUCAAAACAGAAGCAGGUUGCCUGCUUUUUGUUCAGAGCUUGAUGAACCUGUUUGUAGAUGAAGGCAGUGCCUCGGAAGAACCUUCAGACCAGAGUCAAACUACAGAUGAAAAUUCCGAAAUAGGUUCCGUUGAUGAUAAGGAUUCCCCAAGGUCCAAUGGCAAUUCUGAUUUUUUAAAGAGUUGGAUUAUUGAAUCUCUUCCCAGCAUUUUGAAACACUUGAAGCUGGGUCAUGAGGAGAAAUUCCGAGUACAGAAAGAAAUCAUGAAAUUUCUGGCUGUUCAAGGUCUGUUCACUGCAUCUCUUGGAUCUGAGGUUACUUCUUUUGAGUUGCAGGAAAAAUUCAGGUGGCCAAAAUCACCCACAUCGAAUGCUCUUUGCAAGAUGUGUGUUGAACAGCUCCAGUUAUUAUUGGCAAAUGCUCAGAAGGGAGAGGGGUCACGAGCUUCGGCUAGUAGCCUUGAGCCAAAUGAUCUUGGCCUGUACUUCAUGAAGUUCUUCAGCACCCUAUGCAAUAUUCCUUCAGUUUCCCUAUUUCGUACCUUAGAUGAUGAGGAUGAUAAAGCAGUAAAAAAAUUACAAGCAAUUGAAGCAAAAUUAUCCAGAGAGGAAAGGAGCCAUGGGCUUAGUGCUGAAGCUAAUAGAUUGCAUGCACUGAGGUACUUGCUUAUCCAAUUGCUUCUGCAAGUGCUUCUUCAACCAGGGGAGUACUCAGAAGCUGCAUCUGAACUCAUCAUCUGUUGUAAGAAAGCAUUUUCUUCUUGUGAUCUUCCUGACUCAUCUGGAGAUGAUGAUUUGGAGGCUGAUGAUGCACCAGAGUUGAUGGAUGUUCUUGUGGAUACAUUACUUUCACUGCUUCCACAGUCAUCAGCUCCUAUGCGAUCUUCUAUUGAGCAGGUAUUCAAAUACUUCUGUAAUGAUAUUACCGAUGAUGGACUGAUGCGGAUGUUGCGGGUCAUCAAGAAAAACUUAAAACCUGCUAGACAUCCUGAUGCAACAAGCGCAGAAGAUAGCGAUGGCGAUGACGGCGAUGACUUUAUCAAUAUCGAAGAGGAAGAUAUUGAUCAAGCUGAGACAGGUGAAACAGGUGAGACUGAUGAGCAGACUGAUGACUCAGAUUCUGUUGUUGAGGCUGAGGAAAAUGAUCAGGGCCAUCCUGAAGCUUCUGAUGACUCUGAUAGCGGAAUGGAUGAUGAUGCAAUGUUCAGGAUUGAUACGUAUCUGGCCCAGAUUUUCAAGGAGAAGAAAAAUCAGGCUGGAGGUGAAACUGCCCAUUCCCAGCUUGUGUUGUUCAAACUUCGUAUCCUUUCAUUGUUGGAAAUUUUCCUUCAUGAAAAUCCAGGUAAGCCUCAGGUUCUUAUGGUGUACUCAAAUUUGGCUCGAGCUUUUGUUAACCCACAUACAGCAGAAGUUAGUGAGCAGCUUGGACAGCGUAUUUGGGGUAUAUUACAAAGGCAAAUAUUUAAAGCCAAGGAUUAUCCAAGGGGUGAAGGGGUUCAACUAUCAACUCUUGAACCUCUGUUGGAAAGAAAUUUGAAAUUGGCGUCAAAACCAUUGAAGAAACAAAAGUCUGCAUCAAAUCCAUCAAAGAAAUCAGCUUCAUGGAACCGACAGAAAAUGGUUUCCUCCCUUGCCCAAACAUCAACCUUUUGGCUUUUGAAGAUUAUUGAUGCAAGAAACUUCUCAGAGUCCGAACUCCAGAGGGUGGUUGAUAUUUUUCAGGAAGUUUUGGCUGGGUAUUUUGACAGUAAAAAGUCUCAAAUCAAAUCUGGGUUUUUAAAAGAAAUAUUCCGAAGAAGACCAUGGAUUGGGCAUGCUGUUUUUGGAUUUAUUUUAGAGAGAUGUGGAAGCUCCAAGUCAGACUUCCGACGAGUGGAGGCACUAGAUUUGGUAAUGGAAAUAUUGAAGUCAUUGGUGACACUGAGUAGUGAUAAUCAGAAUGCAGCCAAAAAGGUUCUUAAGAGCAAUUUGGAUAAGCUCUGCAAUUUAAUGAAAGAUUUGGUGACAAAUAUGCCAAGCAAGCAAGCAAGGAGGUCAGAGGUACAGAAAUUUUGUAUAAAGACCUUUGAAAUCUUGACUAAACUCAACCUCACCAAGUCUUUUAUUAAAGCUCUGGCGCCUGAUGUUCAAGCUGCUCUUGAGGCACAGCUUGGUGAGCAGUUCAUUAAUUUGAAGCAGCUGGGAAAAUAAUAAUAUAGAACUAAUGGCUACAGCCUGAUUAUUUUGGUUAGUAUAAUGCAUCACGAUUGUUCUUGUAGAACAGGACAAUAUAGAUGUAGCCUGGAAAAUUUAUUUUGACUAAAGCCCGAGUACGAUGGGAUUGGAGCUCCAUGCUUCCUUCAAGGACUUGUUCAAGCCAUUGGAAGCGGAAUAGGGAGGUUAAGGCAAGACUUUGUUGAGGGAAUUUUUGACGGUGAAGUACUAUUAUAUCCCUAUUUGUUUUUGGUGUAUCUGUAUGCUUGUUUUGGAAACUUGACUCUUAAAAGACUUAAAAAGAUGAACUUUUUUGGUGAUUAAAUCAAAUAGCACAUUUCUUUGGUCAAUUUAACUUUCACCGAUUAAAGGAAGGUUCCAUUAUUAUUAGGCGUCUUUUUCAUUCAGGCACUUGUAUAAAUGACACAGUAAGUGAGUAGUGCCUUGAAAUUUCUCUAGGAACCUGUUACUUCACAGGAAUAUACUCGAGUUCGAAGGCUAACUUUGAAUAAAUAUCUUCCAUAAAUGCCCAGUCUAUAUAAUUACAGCAACAAGAUCAAAGAUAAUUCUCUAUUUGCGCUUUCCUUUCAAUACACACCCCCUUUUCCUUGGUUAAAAUUGGUGAUACUUUCCAACAGUUUAAAUACAGAUUCGUGAAAAGACCUCUUGGAAGAGGAUAAUUCUAUUUACUGAUGUAAUGUGUACAAGGUAAGCUAAAAAAAGAGACCACCAUCCUAUUCCUAAUAACUAAUGCAUUAUUGCCAGGAUUUUCACGGCAUUUCACUACCUUUUUUGGCCUAAAAAUUUCC